GGUAUACUGUAGUAAUUUAGAUUAACCAUGAAUUUUCCCCAAAUCCCACACCUCCACUACCGAAAUUUCCCCCUUCCGACCACCGCCCCCAUUAAAUUCCACCUCUCCCCGUUCAAUUCCACCUACUCCCCUCAAUCAGCCACCAAAUCAUCAUCCUCCGACGACGGAAUCCCAGUUGAGCACGUCAAAACCCUAGUAAAAUUCAAAUCGCGCCACAACUACAUCCGAGUCAUCCAAGUCUCCCGGGCGGCGGACCACCCUCUCGCCGGCUCCCGCCUCCUCCUCCUCGACGCCCCUGGAAACAUCCACAGCAUCUCCUACCUCUUCAAAUCCCUAACUAAUGCCUACUUCGACGUCUUCGCCACUCUCCCCCCACUCCUCCCGCCUGGUCCAAUUGGAAUCCUAGGCUUCGGAGCCGGAUCCGCCGCCCGAAUCAUCCUCGAACUCCACCCCGACGCCGCCAUCCACGCCUGGGAGCUCGAUCCCUCUGUCCUCGCCGUCGCCCGAGAGUACUUCGGCCUCGACAAGCUCGAGAAGAAAUAUUCGGAGCGGCUGAAGAUCUACACGGGAAACGCGCUGAAUGCCGGCGAGAAGGAGAAAUUCGCUGGGAUUCUGAUCGAUCUGUUCAGCAAAGGCUGCGUGAUUCCGGAAUUGCAGGAUGCGGAGACGUGGGAGAAGCUGAGGAGGAGUUUGAGGAAGGGUGGGAGGAUGAUGGUGAAUGUGGGCGGGAGCUGCGUGGAGCCGGAGGAUAUACGGAGAGAUGGGAAGGUUAUAAUGGAGGAGACGUUGAGGGCGAUGCACGAGGUCUUUGGGCGCGAGGUUGACGUGCUCAGCCUCGACAAUCGAAAGGAUGAUAGUGCGGUUGCGAUGACGGGAGGAAUGCCGGACGCCGACGAGUGGAGGAAGAAGCUGCCGCGGCCGUUAAAGUUCUAUGUUGAUAUGUGGAAGCCUUAUGGAAAUGCAUGUUAGGUGUUUGUUGAUUUGCUUCAACUAAUUUUUGAUUUUGUGCUAAUUAAAAAUACUCCCUCCGAUGCAAAAGGAAGAUAGACAUUUUCUUUGGAGGCCAAGCAAUUUUAUAUGGACAGAAAUAUAUAUAAAAAAGAAUAACGUAAAA